AUGGCUGGUUCUAGAGUGAGGGAGUUUUUGAGGAUGAACCCUCGGGAGUUUUUUGGCUCUAAGGUGGAAGAGGAUCCUAAUGGGUUUAUAGAUGAGGUUUAUAAGGUACUUGCCAUCAUGGGGGUUACUUCGGUAGAAAAAGUGGAACUAGCCGCGUACCAAUUGAAAGAUGUUGCUCAAAUAUGGUAUGAACAAUGGAAAUAUGCUAGGCCAGUAGAAACAGGCCUAAUAGUGUGGGAAGUGUUAAAACUAGUAUUUCUUGAUAGGUUCUUUCCCCGGAAGUUGAGGGAGGCUAAGGUAGAGGAGUUUAUCAACCUUAAGCAAAGUAGCAUGAGUGAUAAGGAGUAUGCCUUCAAAUUUUCUCUAUUUUCUAUGUAUGCUCCAUAUAUGGAAGCAAAUCUGAGGGAUAUGAUGAGUAGGUUUUUGACGGGUGUGUCCGAAUUGGUUGAAGAAGAAUGUCGUACGGAAAUGCUUGGUAUGGCUAAUACAAGGGCAAAUGCUAGGAGAGAUGAGGAAGGCAAUAUGGAUCAAAAGGUUCCUCACCAAGUUCCACACCAAGCACCUCGUCAAGCUCUAAUUGACCCUAUGGGGGAGAAUGUGACUCAUGUGGAAUUUAGGUCUACUAUGAAAUUGUUGGCUCAAGCCUUGGCGAUGCAAGCAAAUAGAGAGGUUGUAGCUCUAGCGAACCCAAUAAGGGAGAUAACUGCUUCUAGAAUGAGGGAGCUUUUUAGGAUGAACCCUCAGGAGUUUUAUGGCUCUAAAAUGGGAGAGGAUCCUAAUAGGUUUAUAGAUUAG